UGAAACCAGUUCUGUGGGCUUUUACGGUUCACAGUCAAGCCGGAAACUCGCAUUCCAGCUGAAGGCUGGAAGUCGCCGGAGGAGGAAGGUUACUUGUGUUCUCUGUCAGACUUUAGAUUUUCAACUUCUGUUCAGAAUGCAGAGUUAUCCGGUGAUUUCAGGCCUGCAGCCCUCUAGCUUCACGCCAGUAUGAACUUUAUGGGUGAUUUGAGACUCUGGCGAAGCCUGUUUAAUCUUUCCCUGCCGAGCUCUUGGAUUUUGGAAUGCCAGUGAAGAAACCUUAAAGACUGGAGAAACAACAGGAAAGAUGUUCUCAGAAGUUCAUUCUGCUUUUGUAUCGGAAUUUAACUUUGCUUGACAAAUUUUUGUAGUUUUAAGGUUCAGUUUGAAGGUAUAGGCCUUCUCAGUCAGGGUAUUCAGUAUUUCUUCCUACACUUUAAUUUUGGGUGGAGAGAAAAUUGCAUGUAAUUAGGAUAACUCUAUUAAUCUGUUGGAUUUUUGAGGUAGCUGAAAAUGUAUUUUUGUUCUUAUUAUUGAAGCAGAAAGCACAGCAACAGCAAUAUUCCUUUAGUAUAUAGAUGCUGUCAGACAGCUAGUUUGUUUGUAGGAGACUGAAAGUCCUAUUUUCAUUAAGUGCUCACAGAUUUUACUUUUUAGUUUGGGGGAUAUAAUAAACUAGUUGUGAUUGGGGCUACGGAGGACAAACAUUGAAGUACACUUUAGAAUCAUACAGAUUUUGGAAAUUGUGUAUAUUAAAACCAGUAAUCUAUUAGCAGCAGCUGUAAGGCACGUGCUAAAUUACUUAACAUUUCAGAAAGGCAGUUAUAAGUUUGCUUAGUAGUAGCAAUAUGACAGAAAAUAUAAGUGGUGCUGAAAUGGAUCAGGACAAAAAUUCAGCAGCUCCAGCCCCUGAAGCUGCUUCAUCACUAUUCUCUGCAUUUUCAAUGAAAAUGCCGUUUAUGGGUCAACGCAGUGGGACUAAGCCAAUCUCAGAACCAGCAAAACAAAAAGUUGACCAAGGCAAUGCAUUAUUAACUUUCUAUCGCUCUCUAAGUCCCAACACCGCAUCUGAUAAUAAUAAGGAGAAGAAUGAUACCACUAAGCCUGAUGAGCAGGUUGUUGCUGAAGCAAAAGAAGAAACAGAAGAAAUCAACACAGAGCGAGAAAAGUCAACAGAUGACGAAACUCAAAUUGAAAGUACCGAAAAGCAAAAAAUAUCCUGUGAACCUGAGUGUUCUUUGGCACAGCCAUUAAUCAGAGACCUGGAUGAUAAAGUGCAUGUGAUUCGGGUUCAAACAACAAGUGAUACUGACUCAGAGGAUGAAGCUGGAGAGGACAAGAAACAAAUCAGUGAAACUGAAGUUGCAUUGACAAGUAAUGAAAAUUCAAAGCACACUCCAGAGCAUAAUUUACAAAAGGAUGAGGCUCCUACACCAAGUCAGCAACAGGAAAUCAUUGAUAUUACUGAAACAGAGGAGACCGAGAUAACUUCUAAACCUGAAGGUAAAACAGAAAACAUCAAUAAUGAUACCGAAAAAGAACAAAAAUCACUAUUUAAGUCGGGGAAUGAUUUGGCAUUACCUAUGUCGACUGACAGUUCUAACAGUUCUACCCAAGGUUCUGCUACACAGAUGGAGAAAGCCUUUCAAAUGCCUCCUCUGUUUAGUGGCUUGCGUUUAUUGAAGAAAGGUGCUACAGGUGAGACAAGGGAGACAAUUUCAGAGAUUAAACAAAAGGAUACUGAUUUGGCAAUGUUAAAAUUGACUCAACCUGGACAAAAAUCUACAGCAAAACUCUUGGCAGAAUCAUUACCAAAGAGAAAAGAUGAAGGAAGGCCACAGGAGCCAAAGAAGAAUUCGGGACUCUUGGAGCAGCUCAGUCAGUUAAUUUUUGAUGCACCCAAUGCGGGUGAUAAAACAGAUGUUGCUGAUGAAUCUAAGAAUUCUGAAAAGACAAAAGAACCACCACAAGAAGAACCACCACCAGCUGAAGCACCUAUUCGUGCCCCUAGUGAGAAUACUUUGGAAAGUUUCAAAUCCUUUUUCUCGGGCCGUACUGUCAAAAAAGAUACAGCUAAUUCACUGGAUCUGGAAAGCCUGAAAAAGAAAAAAAGGCAAGAAAAGGAAUCCUUAAAAGCUAUAUUUGAAAGAUCAUUCCUAAAGCCAUCUUCUGAACAGAAAAAACCCGCAGAAUCCACAGAAGGAAAAUCCGAUUUAUCUCCAUCAGAUUCAGAAGACCGAACUCGUGGACGACUUCAUGCCAUUUGGCCACCCCCCAAACCAAAAGAUGAGGAAGAAAAAGUGGGGCUAAAAUACACAGAAGCUGAAUAUCAUGCUGCUAUUUUAUAUUUGAAGCGAGAGUGUAAGAACGAAAUAGAAAAAUUACAGCAAGAAUUUGAGUUGAAACUUUUCCAUGUCCGUGGGGAACACGCUGAAGCAAUAUCUAAGCAUGAAGAAUCCAUUGCACAAUUGAAAAAUAACUUGGAAAAUAAAACAAAGGAGGGAAAAUCUGAAACAAGAGAUGUUUCUGUUUCCACUGCAGAUGAAUUUGUGCCAAAGACGUUUCGCAAUGUUUGCAUUCAGACUGACAGAGAAUCAUUCAUACAAUUAAACCAAGAAGAUAACCGGACACCCAGAAGCAGUCUAACUGUUCCAGGAAAAUUGAACCUUGCUUCCUUGAACUUGAAUGGCCAGUCGCCUCACUCUCUACAGGUGACAAAUGAGGAAGCUUCAUUGUCCUCAUCCUCACAAGUCUCCGAAUCUCAGUCUCAAGGUUUGACAACACAUCUCCCAGAUUCUGGAGUACCACCUCCACCUCCACUCCCAGAUUCUGGGGUACCCGCUCCACCUCCACCUCCACCUCCACCUCCACCUCCACCUCCACCUCCUCUCCCAGAUUCUGGGGUACCACCUCCACCUCCACUCCCAGGCUCUGGACCACCACCACCUCCUCCACCUCCACCUCCACCUCCUCUCCCAGGCUCUGGACCACCACCACCUCCUCCUCCACCAUUCCCAUUUGGAAAUCCAAAUGCCACGAAUUUCAACUUGAAGAAAAGUAGACACAUAAGGAAACCCGUAAUUGAACCGCGUCUUCCAAUGAGGCCUUUAUAUUGGACAAGGAUUCAGCUAAAGGAUUCCAGUGAUGCUGAAGUGUCAACAAUUUGGGAAUCAUUAGAAGAACCUUGUAUCCAAGAUGCUGAAAAAUUUGAAGAGCUUUUUUCUAAAGCAGCAACAAAGGAAAAAAAGAAGCCAUUAUCAGACACCUAUCAAAAGACAAACAAAACAAAAAAGAUUGUAAAGUUACUGGAUGGCAAACGCUCUCAAACAGUUGGAAUUCUUAUAUCAAGUCUACAUCUAGAAAUGAAGGACAUACAUCAAGCUAUUUUAAAUCUGGACAACUCAGUAGUGGAUUUGGAGACCCUUCAAGCCUUGUACGACAAUAGGGCACAACCUGACGAGUUGGUGACCAUAUCCAAAUAUUACGAAAAGUCAACAGAGGAAGAGAGAAAGUUACUGGAUAAACCAGAACAGUUCUUGUAUGAAUUGUCACAGAUUUCUAACUUUACUGAACGUGCAAAUUGCAUCAUAUUCCAAUCUAACUUCAUGGAAGGAAUCUCCACAGUGCGCCGCAAAGCAGAGAAUGUUCUCCACCUAAGCAAGAGUUUAAAAGACCAAGAAAGUGUGAAGAUUGUGCUAGGUCUCAUCCUAGCCUUUGGAAAUCAUAUGAAUGGUGGGAACAGGACUCGUGGCCAAGCAGAUGGAUUUGGCUUAGAAAUUCUUCCAAAGUUAAAAGACGUCAAAAGCAGGGAUAAUCAGAUCAGUCUUUUGGAUUUUGUUGCAUCGUAUUACUUGCUCCAUUUUGACAAGGAUGCAGGAACGGAAAAAAGUAUAUAUCCUUUACCAGAACCCCAGGAAUUACUGCGAGCUUCACAAGUUAAGUUUGAGGAUCUCAUGAAGGAUCUCAGGAAGUUGAAAAAAGACCUUGCAGCAUGUGAGAAAGAAACACUCCUUGUAUGCCAACAUUCAUCAGAGCAAGAACUCCAGCCUUUCAAAGAAAAAAUGGAAGCAUUUAUUCAAAAUGCAAAAAAUGAACAUGAGGCGGAAGAAACACAUCUUGAAGAGUCACAGAAAAGCUUCGAAAAUACAGUAAGGUUCUUUGGGGUGAAGCCAAAAUCUGGGGAGAAAGAGAUUACUCCAAACUACAUAUUCAUGUUGUGGUUUGAGUUCUGUACGGAUUUUAAGAAUACUUGGAAACGCGAGAGCAAAAAUAUCUCAAAAGAAAGAUUGAAAGAAGCUCAACUAUCAGUAAAGAAGAUAACUGAAGAAAAGAAAGUUGAAACAAAGAAAAAAAACCCUAACAGCCUGAAAGAAAGACUACGCCAGAGGGAAGCAAGUGUGACCACCAACUGAAGAAAACCAAUGAGAGGAAGAAUACUAUGACUUGAUGCUUUGUAUACUGCCACAAUUUCGGGAAUGUUUUAUUGAAAGAGCCACAUAACUUUGC